AUGACUGUUCAAAACGUACCUCAGCAGCCCAUUAUUGCCUCCGCUCCCGCGGUAGGGAAACGGCCAACGCCUACAUCUCAUCUACGCAUCGCGCGACCAUGCCGGGAUCUGGAAGUGGCGCGCCGAUUCUGGGUCGACGGAUUGGGCUUGAGCACGCUGUGGCGGAGUCCUCCGGCUAGCGAGACCGAGGGCGGCCAUGAGCUGCUCAUGGUGGGAUGGCCUGGUGCUGCAUGGCAUGUUGAACUGGUCCAAGUUCUCGAAGCCGAAAUGAAACCAACUCCUUCAGAAGAAGAUCUACUUGUUCUAUAUGUCGAUGGGCAGAUCGAUUCCGCUUUGGUCGAGAGCCUAGUUCAAGCAGGUGGAAGGAGAGUGUCGCACUCGAAUGAAUACUGGAACAAAUGGGGCGUGACAAUCGCUGAUACGGAUGGCUACUUGGUGGUAUUGUGUAUGCGAGUGUGGGAAACCCAGUGA